AAUCCGGUAAAAGGAAGCUGUUCAAAGAACCCGCUAAAGUAUUAAGAAGAAGAAAGAAAAACAGCAUUCCAUCGUCAGAUUUAUCGUCAUUUAAAACCGAAAAAGAUUUUUGAAAAAAAGCAAGCAAAAGAAAAAAUGCGAAGUUUAGUUGUGACAAUCUCAAUCUUGUCACUGUUAAUAUCAGUAUCACAGUCAUCAGAAGAAUCAAAUGAGAAAUUCAAGGUAGAUGGCAAAGUAUUGGAACUCGAUGAAUCUAACUUCGAUUUAGCCAUUUCUUCUUUCGAUUUCAUCUUCGUUGACUUCUACGCUCCAUGGUGCGGUCACUGCAAGCGUCUCUCUCCUGAGUUGGAUGCUGCUGCCCCUGUUCUUAGUCAAUUGAAACAACCUAUAGUCAUAGCAAAAGUAAAUGCUGACAAAUAUACGCGUCUCGCUUCCAAAUUUGAUAUUGAUGGAUAUCCUACUCUCAAGAUUUUUAUGCAUGGUGUUCCUGUCGACUACUAUGGACCACGAAAAGCUGAUUUACUUGUUCGUUAUUUGAAGAAAUUUGUUGCUCCUGAUGUUGCAGUGCUUGAUUCUGACGUUGCUAUAACUGACUUUGUUCAAGAAGCUGGCAUGAGCUUCCCAAUUUUUAUAGGUUUUGGUGUAAAUGAGACAAUGGUUUCAAAUUUAGGUUUGAAGUAUAAGAAAAAGGCAUGGUUUUCUGUGGCUAAUGAUUUUUCUGAGGGUGUCAUGGUACAGUAUGAUUUUGAUAAGGUUCCUGCUUUGGUAGCUGUUCAUCCUAGUUAUAAUGAGCAAAGCAUCUUUUAUGGACCCUUUGAAGAGAAAUUCUUGGAGGACUUCAUAAAACAAAAUUUUCUUCCUCCGGCUGUGCCCAUGAACCACGAUACACUGAAGAUAUUGAAAGAUGAUGAGAGAAAAAUUGUGUUGACCAUCAUGGAGGAUGAAUCUGAUGAAAAAUCACAAAAAUUGAUUAAGUUACUGAAAGCUGCUGCAUCUGCAAAUCGUGACUUAGUAUUCGGUUAUGUUGGUGUCAAACAAUGGGAAGGCUUUGCUGAUACAUUUGGUGGCAAUAAGAAAACAAAACUGCCAAAAAUGGUUGUUUGGAAUGGAGAUGAGGAGUAUCUCUUGGUUAUUGGUUUAGAAAGCCUUGAAGAUGAGGACCAGGGAUCUCAAAUCUCACUAUUUCUUGAGGGUUACAGAAAAGGCCAAACAAUUCAGAAACAACUCAGCGGUCCAUCUUUUAUGGGAUAUAUCAAUUCACUAAUUGGCAUCAGAACUGUGUACAUAAUUGUGUUUAUGGUUGCAAUGCUAAUGCUCAUCCAAACAAUUGGCAAAGAGGAACCUCUAAGGGUUGGUACUAGAGACCAAGUCGAGGAUGUCUCGAGUUCUGAACCUGAAAGCAGCACCGCGUAUGGACCUGGAGAUAAGCAAGAUUAGAUUUAGGUUUCCGCUUGGUAAAAUGCAGGAUAUAUCGAGCGCGUGCAUAGGUUUUGAACAGUUCUAGUAGAAAGAAGUAGCAGACUCGUGAGAAUCCGUAACCUUCCUGCUGUUGCAGGGAAUUGAUUGAACUUUUCUCCAGAAUACUGAUAUGCUCCAGUAAAGUAUCCCAUUUUGAGAACUAAUGUUGCAUGAGAAAUCAGUAUUUUUCACACAACCGUUGUAGUGAUUUGUGUUUAGGUGCUAUUGAUCUUUGUACCUAUUUUUCUUGAUUAUACCUUGGGAGCAAUAUUACAGAUUUAAUCAUCUAUUUAAAUUUA